CGUUCCAUGACCGUAGCAGCCGCGGGAGCCGUGCAGUCAGCCGCAGUGAGCCUGGCGCUCUUCGCGGCCAUGGAGCGAGGCUCGGGGCAGGCGGCGGCGUCUGCAGCAGCGCCGGGCCCGGGCCCGGAGGUCGCCCCCUCCUCCGGCUUCCGCUCGCGCGGCCUGGGGGGCAUCGGCUCUGCAGAAACCCUGGCGGCGCUGGGCGCGGUCGGGCGGCGCCUGCUGUGGUUGCUGCCCGUGUACCUGGCGGGCCGGGCGGGGCUCAGCCUGGGCUUUGUGGUGGCCGGGGUGGCCGUCUACAUGGGCUGGAAGAGCCGACGGCUGGGCAAGGAGCGGUCGCUGCGGCGGGCUGGGCUGCUACUGAGCGACGAGGAAGGGGCGGUGAGCGGCGCGGCCAGCUCCGCAGAGCUGGGCCUGGGGAAGAGCGAUCUGCCCGCGUGGGUCAGUUUCCAUGAUGUUGAGAAAGUUGAAUGGCUCAACAAGAUUCUGGCCCAGGCAUGGCCCUUCUUUGGCCGGUACAUGGAGAAAUUGCUGGUGGAGAACAUCACACCCAGUAUCCGGGCCUCCAACAACCAUUUGCAGACGUUCACCUUCAGCAAAGUUGACAUGGGGGAAAAGCCACUCAAAAUCCUUGGAGUCCAGGUUCACAGUGGCACGAACAAGAAUCAGAUCCUGCUGGACCUAACAGUCAGCUAUGUCGGUGAUGUUCAGAUUGAUGUGGAAGUGAAGAAGUAUUUCUGUAAGGCUGGGGUGAAGGGCAUGCAGAUGCAUGGCAUGCUGCGGGUCAUCCUGGAACCUCUCAUUGGUGACGUCCCUAUUGUCGGGGCACUCAGUGUGUUCUUCAUUCGCCGGCCAACUCUGGACAUUAACUGGACUGGAUUUACCAACCUCUUGGAUAUCCCUGGGUUGAGCUCAGUUUCUGACACAAUGAUUAUGGACUCCAUUGCCUCUUUCUUGGUUCUGCCCAACCGCUUGCUCAUCCCAUUGAUCCCUGACCUGCAUGACGCAGCUGAGCUCCGCUCUCCUGUGCCCAGGGGUGUUGUCCGUGUGCAUCUGAUAGAGGCCAAAGAUCUACAGUCGAAGGAUAAAUACAUCAAGGGGAUGAUUGAGGGCAAAUCAGACCCAUAUGCCAUUGUGCGAGUGGGUACCCAGGUCUUUACCAGCAAGGUCAUUGAUGAAGACCUCAACCCCACAUGGAAUGAGACGUAUGAGUUCAUUGUACAUGAGGUACCGGGACAGGAACUGGAGGUGGAGCUGUACGACAAGGACCCUGAUCAGGAUGACUUCUUGGGCAGGAUGAAGCUGGACCUUGGGGAGGUGUCCAGGGCUCAUGUGCUAGAGGAGUGGUUCCCCUUGCAAGAUGGUGGCCGGGCACGUGUGCAUCUGCGCCUGGAGUGGCUUACCUUGAUGCCAGGUUCCUCCAAGCUGGAUGAGGUUCUUCAGAGGAACAAAACUAUCUCCUCAAAGCCAGAGCCUCCAUCAGCUGCCAUCUUGGUUGUCUAUCUGGACAAGGCACAAGAACUCCCGUUGAAAAAAUCCCUCAAGGCGGCCAAUCCUGUUGUACAACUCUCUAUCCAAGAUGUCACUCGUGAGAGCAGGGUUGUCUAUAACACUGUCUCCCCUGUCUGGGAUGAUGCCUUCCAUUUCUUUCUGCAAAACCCAGCCAAAGACGAUAUUGACAUACAGGUCAAAGAUGACAACCGGCAGACUACACUGGGCUCUGUCACUAUCCCCCUGUCUCGUCUGUUGAGUGCUGACAAUCUGACCCUUGACCAAGGGUUCCAGCUGGAGAACUCUGGACCCAACAGCCGCAUCUACAUGAAACUCAUUAUGCGGGUCUUAUAUCUUGAUGCCCCUGAAGGUGGCCUGACCCCCCGGCCAUGUCCUCCAGGAUCUCUGAAUGUUACCGAAAGUGCCUGUGUCGGCAGCAGCGUUGACAAGACUCCUCGGCCUCUUGCAGCCAGCCCUGAUGCCCAGUUUGGCACUGAGAACGUGAUUCGUAUUCAUCUUCUGGAGGCUGAGAACCUCAUUGCCAAGGAUAACUUCAUGGGUGGGAUGAUCAAGGGCAAGUCGGACCCUUACGUCAAAGUGCGCUUGGGUGGCCAGAAGUUCCGCAGCCGUGUCAUCAAAGAGGAGCUCAACCCCCGCUGGAGUGAGAUCUAUGAGGUCAUAGUGAAUGAUGUUCCAGGCCAGGAGGUGGAAUUUGACUUGUAUGACAAAGAUGUUGACAAAGAUGACUUUCUGGGAAGGUGUAAGAUCCCUCUAAGACGAGCACUAACCUGCAAGUUUGUUGAUGAGUGGCUCCCCUUAGAGGACGUGAAGUCAGGACGGCUCCAUGUGAAGCUGGAGUGCCUGCCUCCCAUGCCUAGCGCUGCUGAGCUGGAGCAGGUACUGCUGGUGAACAGUUUGAUCCAGACACCAAAGAAUGAGGAACUGUCAUCUGCCUUACUGUCUGUCUUCCUUGACAGGGCAGCCGAGUUGCCGAUGAGAAAGGGCUCAAAACCCCCAAACCCAUAUGUCAGUCUUUCUGUCCGUGGAACCUCCUAUAAGACCAAGGUUGCCUCUCAGACAGCAGAUCCAAUUUGGGAUGAAGGUUUCUCCUUCCUUAUCAAGAAGCCCCAUUCAGAGUCUUUGGAGUUGCAGGUAAAGGACGAUGGGCACGUUGUGGGUAUGAUGUCGCUUCCACUUUCGCAGCUGCUGGCAGCAGAGGGGCUUGUCCUGGACCGCUGGUUCCCCCUUGGCAACUCUGGUCCCGGGAGCCAGAUCCUGUUGCGAGCGCAGCUUGGGCUUCUUAUCUCCCAACACUCUGGUGUGGAGGCCCUCAAUAAUGGGGCAGGUGAAGAGAAUGGAGACAGUUCCCACAAGGGAUCCGAGACUGAACUGUGUAUCAGGGAGGAUGGAGACUCUAGUUCCGCGCAGGAGCUGCGCCAGCGCAUGCCUCACGCCCACAGCAAUUUGGAGCUGUCGGACUCCCCCCUCGGCCAACUGCGUCUCACUGUUUGGUACCACGUGGAUGCACGCAAGCUUGUUGCCAUUGUGCAUGCCUGCAGGAACCUUAAAUCAAGCACUAAGGAUUUUCCUGACCUCUACGUCUCUCUCAUUCUUCUGCCUGACAAAUCCCGUGUCACCAAGAGAAAGACCACUCUGCGGAAGAAGACACUUAAUCCUGAGUUCAAUGAAAAGUUUGAGUGGGACGUACCCUUGGAAGAAGCCCAGCGAAGGAAGCUGGAGGCCUAUGUUAAAAAUGGUGCCUCUUUCAUGUCACGACCAGAGGCAGUUGGAAAGGUCCACCUUGACCUUUCACAGAUGGACCUGACUCAAGGCGCUGCCCAGUGGUAUGACUUAAAAGAUGACAAAAGCAGCACCUAGUCGCUCCAGUGCCUCCUUUGUGAAAUCUCACCGUUUGAGGAGUUCAAGAGCUGGCACGAACGUCUCCACCACCCUUCGCCGCAGGAUUUUAAGCUCACCCCCUGCCAAACAGCCUUUUCAGUGUUUUGCUUUGAAGCAAUCCUAGCGUUACAUUUUUAUAAUCUUAUUUUCAGUGUGAAGCUGGUAGGGAUCGAGAAGCGACUCGUAGGCGGAGUUUGAAGGAGGUGGGUGGAGUCACAUCCUGCAUUCACCCUUUGUGCUUCUUUCAACACAGCAAAUCACAUUCUGCCUUUUUUCUUGACCAAAGAAGAGAGCUUUUUCUUUCAUCCUUCCAUUGAGGACAGACGUCCUUAGGGGCUUGUUGUGAGCCAACUCUUUCAGCAGCCCCCAGAGAGGCUACAAAGUGGGCCUUAGGGCUGUGUGUGCCAGUUGGAAAAGUUUACGAAGACCAACGUGGAGGGACCAAAUAUUUUUCCACAGUAAUAGUGGGCAAAUAGCCAACAGACCUCCUUUGGAACAAGGGAUUCCAAGCCUGAGCAGGGUCACUGGUAUCCCCAAAGGGGAUCAAGUAGCAUAUUUUAGCUAGGAAGGGAACAUUGUUCAGCUUGUGCAAGGGACAGGGGUUCUGACCCAGCCCUCCUGUUACUGUGGUUUGAAACUGACAUGGGUCAUGUUUCAACCAAGGGUUUAAAAAGGAGAGGGUGCAGUAGCCAAGUACUUUUUAUUUGCAGUGUCUUUUAUAUUUUCCACCGGUUUGUGGACUCCAUGGCUCUGGCUUUUAUGCAUCCCGCUAACGCCUCAGUGGUACAGUAUCCAUGCUGGCAGCGGCAGCUCACCCUAACUUUAUCAACCAUACCCAUUCUUUCUGUCUCUGGCUCCUGCUUGUCGUCUUUUCUCACUGCAUAUUCUGCCGCUUCUGUCUGCAGUAUCUGUGCCAUGUUUGGAGAUUUUUUAAAGAUGAAUGUUCCCUGGUGCCUUCUUGCACUCAAGUCUGGAGUUGGUGAGUUGGGUGAAAACCUCUUCCUCCUCACCUGACUGCACCAAGUUUUAGGGCUUUGUGCAUUCUGUAGCAAGGGAACUCUUAAUUUGCAAAUAUGCAGAGAAUUCAUCUGACUGUGUAUGGACUCACUUGCAAUAUUUGCGUCUUGACUGAUUUUGAAUACACUGUGUAAGACAAAUGGAAGGAGAGAAGCAGGAGGUGGUAAAGAGAGGAGAUUUGCUUUGAGGAUCCAAAGAUAACAGGAUUAUUUUGACGUAAACAGCUUAAACACUAGGAUCCUCUUGCUGCUGCUUUGCUACAAUCAUCUAGAAGCAAAAUUAAUUCAACAGUUCUGCAUGGUAUUUAUUAUAGCACUAUAUUCCUCACAAAAAUACAGCAAUAUCCAUCCUCAAAAGAAAGAUUAUACUAUAAUAUGUUUAUGUGGAAGGAAGUCCUAUUUGUGCAUCUGUCCCUUUAAUUGGUAGUUUUUACCUGUUUCUUUUAAAGCAACUUCUGUUUCUUGGCUUGUGCUUCCAAUUAAUUUCUUCCAGUUCCUGAAUUAAUAUUUAAUUGUCUAGUUCCUGUUUCAGGAGGGAGGCAAGUUAGCUACUGAUUUUCGGUAUACAGCCAAAACAAUUGCAUGUUCUUUUUUCACUGUGCAGUUGUGCAAUCACGGUAAUAAAAAAAGAAAAAUAAUGUCUUUGACUGUACAGAAUUAGUCAGUAAUCAAAGUCCCCUCCUCCUGAAAGUGACCAGGGGGCAAUGAAGUGACUCUGAGAAGCAAAAGCCUUUCUAAAACACGAAAGGAGAAAAAUGCCUCGGGACAGUAGCCUAAAGAAACCUCAGGAACGUCUUGUGUAUCCAAUCUGGUCUGGCCAGUGUUUGUAAUUAAAAAAAAACUGAAGUCAGGUGGAAAAAAUAGGAGGACAGUAAAGAAAGCAGUAGAAUACAGUUUUGCUGUAGCAGCAUCAUAUGUAAAAAUGCGGUAAAUUAUUUACAUUUCAGACUUAAAUGGCGAGGGUGAAAAAAGCCAGAAGCUUUACUGUGAUCCAGCAUACACUGUGGGACAAAUUUCACAUUACAUAACAGCUGUGAGGAAUGGCUUGUGGAUUCAAAAAGAAAAGAACAAAAACCCAAAUGGGUUCAAAACAAUGUUGCUGGGGGAGAAAGGGCUCCAAGCCAUUUCUCUGUGCAAAAAAUGUGCUGGGUGAAGUUAUUUUCUGAUUUUGGUGUUCCACGUGGAGUAUAUAUGCACAUGGAGCUGCAAGAUAGGGCAAUAACUCUCCCCAGCAUGGUUUUCAUGUUGGGAAGACAGCUGCGGGGGGCGGGGGG